AUGAGUGCUGUUUACAUUUCUCUAAACCAUUCAAUUUCUCAGUCAUGUUAUAAACCUAUGCAAGUUUUCAAUUUGGCAAGAGAGAGCACUUUGACGGGAAGAAGUCCUGUUAUUCAGAUUAGAGGCCAGAGGGUUGUGAGUGCAUGUCUUAAUGCAGAUGUUGCUGCAUCUAACACUGCGAACACAGCAUUGGAGAAAACUAAGGAUGUGAUCGAGAUGGAAGGGAAGAUUUUGGUGGGGACAUAUGCAAGAACACCUGUGGUGCUCGAGAGGGGGGAAGGUUGCAAGUUGUAUGAUGUUGAAGGGAGAGAAUAUUUAGAUGUGAGUGCUGGGAUUGCUGUCAAUGCACUAGGGCAUGGAGAUGCAGAUUGGUUAAAAGCUGUUGUUGAACAAGCUGCUACCCUUUCUCAUACCAGCAAUAUAUUCUACACAAUACCUCAGGUAGAACUUGCAAAGCGUCUUGUGGAUUCUUCUUUUGCUGAUCGUGUGUUCUUUGCAAACUCUGGAACUGAAGCAAAUGAAGCAGCUAUUAAAUUUGCAAGAAAACAUCAGAGACACACAACUACUAAUGGAAAAGAGCCAGCAACAGAGUUCAUAGCUUUUAGUAACUGCUUCCAUGGGAGAACCUUGGGUGCGCUUGCUUUGACAAGUAAAGUGCAAUACAGAACACCUUUUGAACCUGUUAUGCCUGGAGUGAACUUUUUAGAGUAUGGAAAUGCUCAGGCUGCAACAGAAUUAAUUAAGCAGGGCAAGAUUGCUGCAGUUUUUGUGGAACCCAUCCAAGGAGAAGGUGGAAUAUACAGUGCUACAAAAGAAUUUCUACAAUCCCUUCGUAAUGCCUGUGAUGAAGCUGGGGCACUUCUUGUGUUUGAUGAGGUUCAAUGUGGUUUAGGUAGAUCAGGGUUUCUAUGGGCCUAUGAGGCAUAUGGUGUCUUCCCUGAUAUGAUGACCCUUGCAAAGCCUCUUGCUGGAGGCCUACCUAUUGGAGCACUCCUAGUGACAGAGAAAGUUGCUUCUUCUAUAAAUUAUGGUGAUCAUGGAAGCACUUUUGCAGGAAACCCUCUUGUUUGCAGUGCUGCUCUUGCUGUUUUUGACAAAAUAUCAAAACCUGAGUUCCUGUCAUCUGUAUCUAAGAAAGGCCUCUACUUCAAAGAACUACUCAAGCAGAAGUUGGGAGGAAACCAGCAUGUGAAAGAAAUUCGUGGUGUUGGGCUAAUCAUAGGAGUAGAUUUAGAUGUACCUGCUGCGCCACUUGUCGACGCAUGCCGAAAUUCUGGGCUGUUAGUGUUAACCGCUGGAAAGGGAAAUGUAGUCAGGAUUGUCCCACCAUUGAUCAUAACAGAGAAGGAGAUUGAGCAAGCAGUUGACAUCUUGUUCCAAACUUUACAUGUUCUUGAUAAGUAG